AUGCCGGACAAACCCCGCAAAACAGCUAGGAGGGAGUGGCCAGAGGGGGUGCUAUGGCAGGGAAUUGGAAUGAAGCGUCUUGGGGCCCCCUAUUCCACAAUUACCAAAAUCCUCAAACUGCCCAAGUCAACCCUUGCCAAUGCCAUGGCAAGGUAUGAGAAGACUGGUCAGGUUAAAUCCACACCCAGGCAUGAGAGACCCAAAAUCACUACUGUUAGAGAUGAUAGACAGCUUCUCAUCUGCAGUAGACGUGAGAGGACAAUCACAUAUGAGCAACUCCGCCAGGAAUUCGCAGUGCAAAUUUCAGCUAGCACAAUCAAGAGGAGGCUAGCUACAUUUGGUGUCCACAAGCACAUCAUGGCUGAGAGACCCAAGCUGACCCCAUAUGAUGCAAGAAGAAGGCUACGGUGGUGCAUUGCAUACAGACAUUGGGAUAUCAGAAGGUGGAGGAGGGUGGUGUGGAGUGAUGAGUGCAGUGUUGAGAAAUAUGCAGAUCCAUAUGUCUCUUGGGCAUUCAGAACUGCAAAGGAAAAAUGGCUUCCCGAGUGUGUUAAAGGUGUUAGGAAGUCAGGAGGGGUGUCAAAGAUGAUGUAG